AUGUCGAAUACAUUACUCUCUGGAGAAGCGAACGAAGACCCUCUGCAUCCUCACUGCAAGUACAGUAUUCUAACAGCCUUCUGGCCCAAGGGCGUAGCAACGCUGGUACCAGUGACAGCCGAUCAAGAGUGUCCUUGGGACGCCUACUUCCGACACUACACAACGGAAUGCAGGAAUGCAAUCGAUCCCGACAGAGGCGAGCAUGUCACCAUACGACAUCAUCAGGAUAUCGUGGACAUCGUCAAGCAGUUCGAGCAGAACAAGACAAGGGAAGAAAUCAAGCGCUCUAUUAUAUUAACAGAUACACAACAAACGAGUGAAGCAGUCAAAGAAAAACGGGCAGAGGGAUCCAUUCGCGUCGUCGCACGCCUGUUCGCCAUGGUGAACAUGGGCCCUUCAUCAGAGCGCUGGGAAUUGGGUCCUGAGUCCCGGCCAUGGAACGAAGCGAAUCACAACCUGAAGACUGUCCUAGCAAGAUACUUUUCCCCAAGUUCAGUAGAUACUGGAAGCCUGCGGUUCAAGGCUGACCUUACGGCGUUCAAUUUGAAGCACCUCAUCGGACUUAAGAUUCUAUGGACCAACAAUCUUUUCGACCACUUGCGGUUGAUGGAUGACGACAGCACAGUCUGCAUUUUCCAUCAUGCAACCUUCCUCAGACAUCAGACCAGUGACGUCUUCCCCGAGAAUCUCAUCUCAGAAACGCUCAAAACGCUGGAUCUGUUAUUCCCGCAGAGAAACACUCGUACACAAACAUGGUUGAAAUCUUUACUAUCGCGGAACAACGAGCCACAUCCAGACGUUUCACUACUUCAUCGGAACAAAAUAUUGUACGGUCAGCGGCACGCCAUGGAAUUCGUGUACUGGCGUGACAGACUUCUGAUCUUGAAAGAGGUGCUUGAAGAGGCGCAUCAUACUAGUAUCCGUUAUUUUUGGCACGAUCGGAGGAACAAAGCCCAAUGGUACACUUUUUGGAUUGCCGUCAUUGUACUUUGCCUUACAGCCGUCUUCGGUCUUUUGCAAAGUAUCGCAGGAAUUCUGCAGGUGUACAAAGCAUACCGCCCCACACCUAAGUAGACGAGGUAUUUCUCGCCUAUGGCAAGAACACGACUGGUGCCUGCAAGUAGUGGGAUGUUCAUAGUGUACGAGAAUCUCAAACAUGCAGAUAUGUGGAGAAUUGUGCUGAGGCCAAGGUGAUAUGAUAUGCCUUCUUCCAACCCGCAUAUACGACAAAUAUCCGUGAGCGUGCGCGUCGCAUAAUAUGAGUCAUGGAAUAACGAAUUAGUAUUGCUCAGGAAGAUUGAGCUGUCAGGCUUAAAGCAAGAGCACUGCAGGCAUCAUGGUCAACACAACAGGUGAUCCGCACAUAGCGCAGAGAUCAGAAGGUUUCCUUGCGAAAAAGAGAAGACCGUCUUGUUGGUGCAGAACUGAAGCGAGGAGUGCGUUGACCCGGUAGGUCUCGACUGUUCCCUUGAACUAGGUCUUCACAU